UGGAGCCUAGGAAAAACCUUGGGCUUUCGAUUGGAUCAAAAGCUGACAAUGAGAGCACAAGUUUACUUUUUCUACUACUUUGAAACAAAGGAACAACAACGAUAAUUCUCUCUCUAUAAUUUUGUUUUAGACUUCCUUUUCGAGAGACCAAGAUUCGCUCUCUUUUCCCAUCUGUCCCCAGUCUCCCCCACAACAACACAUCUCUGCCGUUGAUUCCUGAUCAUCAUCACAUCAUAGCAUCUCUCCCUCUACUCCGUCAUGGCCUUCUUAAUACGGCCCUCAAAUUUACCUUUUUAUUUUCUUUCCUUUUUAUGGUGAAAUUGUUUUUAAGGUUUAGGGUUUUCGUUUUAUAUUAAUCCAAGUUGAGCUUUAUUGAGAGUGAAAGAGAAAAAAGAAACUAGGUUUUUUUUUUUCUUAUUUAAUUUAAUUUUUUUAUUUCGGCUAUUAUGGAGCCGCGAGUUGGGAACAAGUAUCGACUCGGUCGAAAGAUCGGUAGCGGAUCAUUUGGAGAGAUCUAUCACGGUACCAAUAUUCAAACGAAUGAGGAAGUUGCUAUUAAGCUUGAAAAUAUGAAGACAAAGCAUCCCCAAUUGUUGUAUGAAUCGAAGUUGUAUAAAAUACUGCAGGGAGGAAAUGGAAUUUCAAAUGUGAGAUGGUUUGGCAUUGAAGGUGGCUAUAAUGUCCUUGUGAUGGAUUUACUGGGGCCUAGUCUUGAAGAUUUGUUCAACUUCUGCAGUAGAAAACUGUCACUUAAAACUGUUCUCAUGCUUGCGGACCAGUUGAUCAACCGAGUUGAAUUUGUUCAUUCAAAAUCAUUUCUGCAUCGAGAUAUCAAGCCAGACAACUUCCUCAUGGGCUUAGGAAAGCGUGCAAAACAGGUCUACAUCAUUGAUUUUGGUCUGGCUAAGAAGUAUCUCUGUACUUCAACCCAUCAGCAUAUUCCUUAUAGAGAAAAUAAAAAUCUGACAGGAACUGCAAGAUAUGCAAGCAUGAAUACUCACCUUGGAAUUGAGCAAAGCCGUAGGGAUGAUUUAGAGUCACUUGGAUUUGUUCUUAUGUAUUUCUUAAGGGGAAGUCUUCCUUGGCAGGGACUGAAAGCAGGAAAUAAGAAGCAAAAAUAUGAGAAGAUUAGUGAAAAGAAAGUUUCAAUUUCUAUUGAGGCCUUGUGUCGAGGUUACCCUACCGAAUUUGCAUCCUACUUCCAUUACUGUCGGUCCCUACGAUUUGACGAAAAACCAGAUUAUUCUUAUCUGCAGCGCCUGUUUCGUGAUCUCUUCAUUCGUGAAGGUUUUCAGUUUGAUUACGUGUUUGAUUGGACAAUAUUAAAGUAUCAGCAAUCACAGAUUGCCAAUCCUCCUACCCACGCACUUGGUCCUGGUGCUGGACCAAGCUCAUGGAUACCUCCUGCAGGUGCAAUUGCUGAUAGGCAAUCAGGUGGAGAAGAAGGUAGACCUUCUGGUUGGUCUUCCAUGGAUCCUACUCGCAGGAGACAUUCCGGCCCAAUUGUGAAUUCUGGAAGCUUAGCUAAACAAAAAAAUCCAGUUGCAAAUGAUCCACCUCUUGCUAAAGAUCGUAUGGUAAUGGUGUCUGGUUCUAAUUUCUUGCCUUCAAGUGGAUCUUCAAGGCGAGCUGCUGUCUCUAGCAGCCGUGAUGCAGCAAUCACAGUUAGCAACACCGAACCCUCUCGCCAUCGCACCAUAGAUGCAAGUGCAGGCCCUCUCCCGAAAAUCUCUGGUGGGCAAAGAAGUUCACAUGUUUUAUCAUCGGAUAACAAGCACUCAUCCUCAAAUACAAAGAAUUUAGAGUCUGCUUUGAGAGGAAUUGAAGGCCUGCAUUUUUGUAAGGAUGAGAGGUUACACUAUUAGACUACUACACCCUACAUCAAAUUCUUGCCUCCUGCAAAUUCUAAGACGGUAUACUUUUCUUUCGCACACGGAGUGGAGGAUGUUGUCUCUGUAUUUUGUAAAAAAUCUGAGAUCAGAAGUAGAAGCUAAGAUGGGGACCAUAACUGUAAGUACUAGUAAAGAAAGAAUCAGGAAAGAGACACAUGGCCAAUGAUAUAAUUAGAAACCUAGGUGUAGUGCUUUGGUCAAAAUAUUUGUCCAAAAAGACAGUUUUAAAUGUCUUCGCUACAGUUUCAGUUAAAAUGUUUCAUGUAACCAUUGUAAAAUUCAAAGCAGGCUUAUUAUAUUUGAUUUUGAAUUGUUUGGUCUAAUGCUUUAUCACCAAUUUAAUUUUAGUAGUAAAGACUCUCAUCUGUUGAAACUAGCGAGGUAUACUUUGUCUUUCGUCUUCCGAGGGACUUGAGAGGGUGAAGAUCUAUACUCUUUUUCAUCGGAUAUGCUUUGAUUUUGGUGAAAAAGUAAAUGAAAGACCCCACUUAAUAAAAGUUUAAAAGGAUUAAUAAUUAAAUGAUGGAUUUUGGUUCAUUAACCAUCUACAAAAUUAAACAUUAACCAUAUACUACUAAGACAGAAGAAGUUCGAUUUAUUUGAAAAUCGGGAGAUCGGUUGCAUUCAUGUUAGUCCAAGUUGGACAAUCUGUAUUCAAACUUUCUACAUCGCCAAAACCAUCAACCAAGCAGAAAUAAUAAAUAGUAUUCUCAAGAUCAGCAACAAUGGCAAAUGAGCAGAUUUUGACCAGACAAACUAGAUAGAAGGGAAUCUAAGAAAUCAAUAACAUGUUCAAUUUUGCUAUGGAUCUUAAUCUUACCUACUACACAAACUCAAUCAAGAAAACAUCAAUUUUCAUAUUUCAUAGAUUUGAGUUUGCUUUGAUACCAAAUAAGUGCAAUUCAUUUUAUACAAUAUAAGGUUAUGAAAAUCAGAUUCAAGAUUCUUAGACAAAGGGAAGCUUCCCAAAUCCCAAGUUCUCAUCCAUCAUUUACCAACAUAGUAAAACACAAACCCCAAAAAGAACAAAAAAAAAAAAAAAAGCUAAAGAGUAGCCAUGGAUCACCUCCACCCAUAGACUACUUGGGUGUAAGUGUCCUUGAUCCACCUGAAACUCUUCCUUAAAGACCCUUUCAUCUUGCCUUCAACUGAAUAAAUCUUGUAGCCAGCAACCCUUUUCUUCCUUUGCAACUCAGGAUCAUUAAAGCUCCAGCUUUUUAAAGAACUCCCAACAGAGCUUUUGCUUUUCUUGAUCUUAAUCUCUUUUCUAAGCUGAUUUGGCUGAACAGAAUUUGCAUAACUGGCACUGUAACACCUCAGCUCUUGCAUAUUGCUUGGCCUGCCUCCCCUACGUCCGUAGUAACUCCCAAUCUGCAUCCCUCCAUACCUGUAUGAUUUGCAUCUAGAAUCCUCCAUCAAAAAAGAAAUUCUAGACAGAGAUUGUAAGAUGCUCAAGGAUGGAGAUGAAGAUGUGGCAGUGGAGAAGGAGAAAAUAAAUAUCAAUGGCGUUUGAUGUUUUAGUGGUAUUAUUUAUUAAUACAAAUUUUCUUUGUUCUCUUUUUUCUUCCGGGCAAGGGAAACAGCUGUGCUUUUCGUCUUCCAACUAUUUCACGUGUACUUUUCUUGGGUUGAGUUCGAUGCGAGAUGUGACAUUUUCCGCUUUAGUUUCACAUGUUAAGGCAGUUGCACAGUGCAGGGGUAGCUUAUUUUGAAUGGUCAUUGAUGUCUUGCCACGUGUAAUGGUUAAUAUUUGACUGGGCAGAUGAAUUGAUAAACGAUUAAAAAAAAAACAAAACAAGGAGCGUCUAGAUCAUUAGAUGGAGAGAAAUCAGGUGUAUUUGAUGUUGAAAAUUGAUUGAGAUUGUCUAAAUUUUAGAGCCUUUGAUUUUGUAAAUUUUAUGGAACUGUUAAUGAUGUUGUCCCUGGUGAUGGCUUUUGACUGCAGAGCUGCUGUGGGUCCAAUCUACUGAAGAGUGUUUGGUAGUUAGAUGCAAAUUAUUAUGAAAACCAAAGAAAUUGUUCGACAAUAGUUAAGGGUUUGUCUUCAAAGUCCACAAAAAAUUCACCUAUGCAUACCUAACUUAUGUAUACAACCAAUAAAGUGAAGGGAAACAGUACAUUCUGUUGUCUUGGGGUUUCUCCAGAGUCAGCAACUGAACCUGAAACAUGGGGAAAUAGACGGGCAACUAGCUAGAUUGCAAUAGAUAUGCAAGUGAUGAAGAUAAGGUUGGAUUGUUGAGUGCUGACCACGUCUAACACGACUUCAUAUCUUAGUUCAACUAGGCUACAAGAUUUGGUACAGCCGACCCGACCCACAUACAUAAGACUUAGUGCCAGAAUAUAUCAAUUUGUUGAUCAGACAAUUCAGAACCCAACUUUUUCAUCGUUCACUUUCCAAAUUGGUUGAUGAUCAGGGAGUUUAUCUGCUUCUCCAGGGAAAUGAUAGCUAUUAUUUGCUGCAUCUGAACAGCUGUUCCAAAGGGACCUCUAGCUCAUGGCAUGUUUUAUACAUAUUCCAAGCUGCACACGAACAGCUAGCUGCCCGAGAAAUUCAGCAACACCGCAGAGGGAAAGACAGAGAUCAAUGAUAUGAAUCUUCAUAGCAUAAAAUCCAGUUAAACCCUAAUAUUUUAUGCCAGGAUUUUAGUAAUGUAAGCUUGGGGAGCAAUUCCAUUACAUAAAUGCUUAAGAGUGACGCAAUUACUCCGUUAUUGCCAUUAUUAUUAUAACCACCUGCGGUGCUUCAGCAUCAAAUACAGUUACAACACAAACACAUAAAAACUCUAUAGCCAAUAUGCAAAUAUGGAGACAAUAAGAUCCACCCAAAGUUAAAGCUUUAAAUAAUAUAUAUAUAUAUAUAUAUAUAUAUAUAUAUAUAAG